AUGUCGGACCUGGGCUCGGAGGAGUUGGAGGAGGAGGGCGAGAAUGAUCUUGGGGGAGUGUACAAAUUUAAAAACGGUGCUCGGUAUAUUGGAGAAUACGUUAAAAAUAAAAAGCAUGGUCACGGCACUUUUAUAUACCCAGAUGGAUCAAGAUAUGAAGGGGAGUGGGCGGACGACCAAAGGCACGGUUACGGCAUCUACUACUACGUCAAUAAUGACACCUACACGGGGGAGUGGUUUGCUCACCAAAGGCAUGGGCAAGGCACCUAUUUCUACGCAGAGACGGGCAGUAAGUACGUAGGUACCUGGGUGAAUGGACAGCAAGACGGUGCAGCUGAACUCAUUCACCUGAACCACAGGUACCAGGGCAAGUUCUUGAACAAAAACCCUGUCGGCCCUGGAAAGUACGUGUUUGAUAUCGGAUGUGAGCAGCAUGGGGAGUACCGUCUAACACAUGCGGAAAGAGGAGAAGAGGAAGAGGGGGAGGAGACGACGACGAUGACCGUGGUUCCCAAAUGGAGGGCCACCAAAAUCACAGAGCUGGCUCUGUGGUCCCCAACCCUCCCCAACGAGCAGCCACCUACGGACGGGCCUGGCCCAGAAGAAGCUCCAGGACCCGAGGGCGGUGGGGAGCUCUCGGAGGAGGGCCAGCCUCUGGCAGAUGUUUCUGAGGGGGAGACCGACUCCAUGAGGCCUGGGGAAGACGACGGAGAUGGCACCCGGGAGGAGGGCCGAGAGGAUUUCCGAUAUGAUGCCAUCGACCAGGGAAUUGUUAGUUUUGAAGAAGAAGAAAGUAAACAGUCAGAACUACUAGAGUGA